UCAUGUCAGUCGGCAGGAUUUACUUUACCUGUUAAUGCAUUUAUCUGCAGCGCAAUAAUCCCCCUCCCAGUGGUGACGUCAGAACCUCCGCUGGCUGAGAGACUUUAUUCGGCUCAGUUCUCGCCACAAGUAAUUCAGGAGAACGAAGGAGGAGCUGUCAAAGUUUCUGUGCUAAGGAAAGAAAAGUAACGCUGCUGACGCCUUCCCAAAAUUUCCUACUAUUUCCCUUUGACAGCUAGAGAGGGAGAAAGUAGAGGCUUUAUUCACCACACAAACUUUGUCAGUACCAGUAUGGAAUAAAAAAUAACAUAUUUGAAGGAGAAGAGAAGAAACGAAGAGCUCAAGAAAACUCGCAGCAAUGCAAUUCGAAAUUGCGAUCGUCCUGUCUUCCUUGCUCACUCUUGGCUGUUGCAGUAUACAGGACAAGAGAGUAUGUCAAGGACUAAGCAACAAGUUGACACUCCUGGGGACUUCACAGGACCACUACAACAAUAUUGUGAGGAUGUACUCUAACUGUACAGUGGUUAUGGAGAAUCUAGAGAUAACCUAUGUGGAAAAGGACUAUGACCUGUCUUUCCUCAAGAGUAUACGUGAAGUCGGGGGCUACGUGUUGAUUGCUCUCAACAAGGUCUCCAGAAUCCCCAUUGAUAACCUUCGCAUCAUCAGAGGCCACAUCCUCUAUCAAAAUAGCUAUGCUCUGGCUGUUCUGUCCAACUUCGAUAAACAAAGCUCUGUGAACAAGAACCAGAGCUCAAAUGUAGGAUUGCAAGAAUUGUCUUUGAAGAGCCUUACAGAAAUCCUUAAAGGAGGUGUGAAGUUCACUGGCAACCCAUUUCUUUGUAAUGCUGAGACCAUUCAGUGGUACGAUAUUGUGGACAAAAGCAAGAACCCAGAAAUGUUCCUGAUCUUUGCAAACAACACCUUGAACUGCAAAAAAUGUGAUCCCAACUGUUUCAAUGGAUCCUGUUGGGCACCAGGUCCCAGUAACUGUCAAACUUUGACAAAAUUGAACUGCGCAGAGCAGUGCUCGCAUAGAUGUAAAGGACCCAAACCCAGUGAUUGCUGUAAUGAACACUGUGCUGCUGGCUGCACAGGACCCAGAUCUACUGACUGUUUGGCCUGUCGGGACUUCCAGGACGAAGGAACAUGCAAGCAGGUGUGUCCUCAGCUGAUGCUUUACAACCCCAACACUCACCAGCUGGAAAUGAACCCUGAUGGCAAAUACAGCUUUGGAGCUACCUGUGUGAAGAGCUGUCCUCAUAACUAUGUGGUGACUGAUCAUGGCUCAUGUGUGAGAACAUGCACAGCCAACACCCAUGAAGUUGAUGAAAAUGGGGUCCGCAAAUGCAAGAAGUGUGAAGGACCAUGUCCCAAAGCUUGCAAUGGAUUAGGAAUGGGAAACCUUGUCAACGUUCUAUCUAUCAAUGCUUCCAACAUCGAUUCCUUCAGAAACUGCACUAAAAUCAACGGAGAUGUUUCUAUUCUGCCUGUGGCUUUUCGUGGUGACAGCUACACGAAAACCCCUGUUCUGGAUCCAUCCAAGCUGGAUGUGUUUAAGACAGUGAAAGAAAUAACUGGUUUCUUGCUGAUCCAGGCCUGGCCUGAAAACAUGACUUCUCUCAGUCCACUUGAAAACCUGGAAAUCAUUCGUGGAAGGACAAAACAGCAUGGCACAGUGAGUGUGGCAGCUGUGAACAUUGACAUCACAUCUCUGGGGCUGCGCUCCCUAAAGGAGAUCAGCGAUGGGGACGUGGUCAUCAGGGGAAAUCCCCACCUGUGUUACACCAAUGCGGAUCAGUGGAAGAGGCUCUUCAAGCUGGAAAAGCAAAACGCACGGGUUUCCGAAAACGCUGAUCCCACUGAGUGCAGUGCCCUGACACAGACAUGUGAUGAGCUGUGUACUAGCGAAGGUUGCUGGGGGCCUGGUCCUUCCAUGUGCUUUUCCUGUCAGCACUUCAUGAGGCAGCAGCAGUGUGUGAACGCCUGCAACGUGCUGGAGGGGUUGCCGAGAGAAUUUAUAAUGGACAAAAAGUGUAUUGAGUGUGACCCGGAGUGCAUGCCACAGAAUGGAACCCAGACCUGCACUGGAUCGGGUCCGGACAAGUGCGCCGAAUGUGCCCAUUUCAAAGAUGGCCCCCACUGUGUACACAAAUGCCCCUCUGGGAUCCCAGGAGAGAAUGAUACCUUCAUUUGGAAAUAUGCAGAUGAGAAGAAGGUCUGUCAGCUGUGCCAUCCCAACUGUACUCAGGGGUGUACAGGACCUGGUCUGGCUGGCUGUGAUCAUCAGACCUCUCAGUUGUCUUCGAUUGCUGCCGGGGUGGUUGGAGGCUUGUUGGUGACUGUCAUCAUUGCCCUGGCAAUAUUCAUCUUGAUGCGCAGACGUUACAUCAAGAGGAAGAGGACUCUUCGCAGGCUACUACAAGAAAGAGAGCUGGUGGAGCCUCUGACACCCAGUGGAGAAGCACCCAACCAGGCCCUGCUGCGGAUCUUGAAAGAGACUGAGUUUAAGAAGAUACAGGUCCUUGGCUCUGGGGCCUUUGGUACUGUGUACAAGGGUUUGUGGAUCCCCGAAGGAGAAGAUGUGAAGAUUCCUGUUGCCAUUAAAGUCUUGAGAGAAGCAACAUCUCCAAAAGCCAACAAAGAGAUCUUGGAUGAGGCCUAUGUGAUGGCCAGCGUUAACAAUCCUCAUGUCUGCCGGCUGCUGGGAAUCUGCCUGACCUCCACAGUGCAGCUGAUAACCCAGCUCAUGCCCUACGGCUGCCUGCUGGACUACGUAAAAGAACACAAGGACAACAUCGGCUCUCAGUACCUCCUCAACUGGUGUGUGCAGAUUGCAAAGGGUAUGAACUACCUGGAGGAGCGACACCUGGUGCACCGUGACCUGGCCGCGAGGAAUGUCUUGGUGAAGACCCCCCAGCACGUGAAGAUCACCGACUUUGGGCUGGCCAAGCUCCUCAGCGCCGACGAGAAGGAAUAUCACGCCGAUGGAGGAAAGGUGCCAAUCAAGUGGAUGGCCUUGGAGUCAAUUCUGCACAGAAUCUACACACAUCAGAGUGACGUCUGGAGUUAUGGUGUGACAGUUUGGGAGUUAAUGACCUUUGGGUCAAAGCCUUACGAUGGAAUUCCAGCCAGUGAGAUUGCAGGGAUCCUAGAGAAAGGCGAACGCCUGCCCCAGCCUCCCAUCUGUACCAUUGACGUCUACAUGAUCAUGGUGAAGUGCUGGAUGAUCGAUGCAGAUAGCAGACCCAGAUUCCGAGAGCUUAUUGCAGAGUUUUCAAAAAUGGCUCGGGAUCCCCCCCGCUAUCUUGUCAUACAGGGUGAUGAACGCAUGCAUUUGCCAAGCCCCACUGAUUCCAAGUUCUAUCGCACCUUGAUUGAUGGAGAUGAAAUGGAUGAUGUUGUGGAUGCAGAUGAGUAUCUCGUUCCCUACAACGGCUUCUUCAACAGCCCCAGCACGUCUCGGAUGCAGCUCUUACACUCUAUGAGCCUUAACAGCAGCAUGGGAUCUUGCACGAUCAGAAAUGGGGGAUAUCCGAUGAGAGAGGAUAGCUUCAUCCAGCGCUAUAUUACUGACCCUACAGAUGGAGCUUUCGAAAAGGACUUUCAGCCUGUACCAGAGUAUGUGAACCAAAAUGGGAACCCAGUGUCCGACGUCAUGAACCCCAUCUAUCAGGACAGUGUUGUUCCCAUCUCAGCAGUGACGAGGGCUCAAAAUGCAGACUCUCAGUAUCUGAAUUCCUUCAGCAACACCGCUGACUUCCACGAAUACCUCAACACCGUACAGCCGGCUUUGCCCAGGCCCUUGUUUGACAACCCACACUACUGCGACCAAAAAGUCACCCACCAAACCAGCCUGGACAAUCCUGAUUACCAGCAGGACUUCUUUCCUCCCAAGUCCAAGGUUAAUGGGCAUCUUCCCGCUGCUGAAAACACUGAGUACUUGGCCUUGUCAGCGCAGGCCGAGGUACACUAGUCGAUUCUUUCGUGGAUUGAGUGCACCUUCUUGGAUAUCGCUGUUCCCAGUUUCUCAAACCUCCUGUAAGCCUGGGCUCUGAUACAGCAAAACAGUUUCAACAAACGUAGUGGAUGGAGUUCAGAGAAGUGCCAUUCGCAGCAUCAGCUUGAUCUCCUUUCCCACCUUCUUACCUGCAAGGAUGCUUCUGUCCCCAGUGACGUGAUGGCUAUGACACUAAGCAAAGCAAUUACGAUUAUUUCCCUUCCUUCAACUUAAAGAUCGAUCACACAUCUUAAAAACAUGAUCCACCCCACCUUCCGUGAACAGAAUGAAAAAUGUUUCUACUUUUUCUCUAAGCCAUAAAUUGAAAAUUGAAAAUACACAGGGUGAAUAUGAGCAUUAACAUGUUGGUUAGCAAGUGACUAGGUGCUUGAUUUUAAUUCUUAGCUAAGAUACAAACAACAGUAUCUCUGUUUUUUUUUUGGAGAAAUAGGCUUUCAGCCUCAUAAAUGGACUGAUUGUGAUUCUGCAGAAGUGUGGCCUCCAUUAAGAGAGACCAAGCAACACAAAGGAGGAGUUUUUUUGUUUUUUCAUUCAUUAUGUUUUGACUUAAAAAGCCAUAUUAGACAUUCCCUUGGAUCAGAAGAGUGUUUUUAAAGUGUUUAUCCAUGAAAAAUACUGUAUAUUGUGUGGCGUUCAUGGAUUCCAAGAUCAUUCUUAAUGGGUAUGUUAAUUGAAUGUCUCCAACUGAUGUCCCAAAUCACAUACAGGAUCAUUUGUUUGUGCUGUUUGACCCAGAGACCAAAGCUGUCCAAAAAGUGCAAUGUUGGGUUUCCAGUUGGGUUGCUAUAAUAAUUCACUGGGAUCUGGUGUGUCCACAGGUUGUUUUGGGAAGAACUUAGGACCAGAUCUUCAUUUCCACACAGUAUUUGGUGUUUUUAUUAAUUGGUUGGAUGAAAAAGGACUAAAUCAGAGUAGUGGCUAAGUAAGGCUGAAGUCUAAUAUUUCCUGUGCUGUCAACAGAUGUAGUUCCAAUUUUAUGUGUAUUUAUUCAUCAAAAAGGUGUAAACAUUUUUGCUUUUUGUUAUUUAACCACAUCGUUUUCAAAGAGCUCUGAAAUUCUUUUGGGUACAACUAACGUUGUGAAUGAGGUCGUUUUAUCAUGUUUUAAAGAAAUACAUAUACAGUACACCAUACUUCAUAAAUUUGAUUGUGAAAACUGUUUGGGUACAGACAUUGAACAACAGAAAACUAAAGUUCUUUUAAGAUUUACAGAAAAGAUUUCUGGAAAGAGCAAGAAGAAAGCAGUAUUCUUUUAUAUGUUUUUUAAUUUUUGCGAAAGGUCAAAUAUAUUUGCCUUUCAAAACAUUUGUAUGGAAGAACUGCAAAGGUGAUUUCAUGCAAUGAGGAGAAUUUAAAAGUUAAUAGUUAAACAUUUGAGUGCCAACACUGCAGUUAAACAUUUCUGCUUUACCAUAAAUAUUUUUUUUCCAUUUUAUUCAAAAACAAUGUAGCAUAUUGUCCUUCUUAUUAUCAUUUAUUGAGUUUCUUGCUUUUGGCAGUUAGGCAGCUUAGAUAUGACAGUGAAACAGAAACAAUUCAGGACAAGAGGGGAAGUCUCUAAGGAAGGAGUAGGCAGCUGCUAAAGUCUGAAAUUGGCAGCUUACUGUAGAAUGAGAAAACGGAUCCUGUUUUCACUAAAGCAAAGAACAGAUAUGGUAGUGUCUUGUGCUUUUAGUGUCUAUGUGAGAUUUCUGCUUUAAAUGGAUUUCUUAUAAGGUGGUUGUGUUUAAAUGUAUUUGUAAAAGGAGAUGUAGUUUGUUAUAAAUAACAUAACAUUACUAGAAGUAAUCGUGAAAAAGAUGAGAUACAUAAAUAUUUGAAUGUAAAAUGGAAAUCUGAACAGUUCUGUUCACCUACAGAAGAUUUCCUGUGAAAGAAAAUUCUCACAUUCUUAUGUUUCGCAUUUCAGCUCACUACAAUUAAUGACUUGAUUACGUGAUUUAUGGAUAUCUGUUACGUUGAAAAAAAUGUAAUAUACCGACUACUACAGACUACUACAGUGUACGCUUAUGAAAUGAGCUAGAAUGUUUUGUUAGAUUUUGGACAAAGCCUCUAUGGACACUUGACAAACUCACAAUUAAAAACUGGUCUUUGAGGAGUUGGUAUUAUGAUGUUGUAUCCCAACUGUCUAGUACCUAACAAUGUGGUAAAAAUGAUCAAUCGUCUUGCAGAGUCUACGAAAAAGGUCUUCAACUGUCAUAUCCUUUUCAUUUAAGGUAUUGCCUGUCCACUUGUCACCUGGCGUGUUUUAUUUCUAAGUUGUUUUUAAUUUCAAGAUUGCAAAAGGGCUGACUUUUACAUUUCAGAGAAUAACAUAGGAAGACACAUCAGGGUUCUUCCAAAGAAAACUAGUCUCUCACAUACAGUAGAUCUGUGUUUCUGGAUAACUAAACUGACAUAACCAGUAAUAUGUUAACUGAUGAAAUAACCUUUUCUAGCUGCGCCCUGCUGGUCAAAUUCAGACUGGUUAAUGAGAGAGAAGCUCUAACUGACAUUUGGUCUUUUGACUUCUCAAGUGACCUAUUUCUACCUUGCUAAAUAAAGCUGUAUUGUCAGGCCUUGGAAAGUGAAUAGCACUCUCACAGUUUCAAUGCACUUGCAACAAGCUUUUCAGUACUUCACAUUACAUACUUUCUUUGAUCUUCUCAUUACUUUAACAUGAGGUAUUCAGAAACAUGAAGACUGGAAUCAGGACAGCUCUUGGCUGUGGACCCUGGGAAGACAUUGUCCAAAAAAUAAGUUUUAAGUCUUAAUUUUCAAUUUAAUGUUUUCCAGUGUUGGUUUGGAAACUGUAGGGAUCAUGGUUUAGAAAUUGCUGUUGUAUCUCAGCUAGUUCUGAUGCUGAGGAUUUUUUACGUUGCUGUCCCUCAGCAUUUGACACGACAGACAUAUACUAAGGCUGGAAUGCAGAAAAAAACUAUGCUGUAGCCACAAGAUACUUUUACCAUUGGGAUCUCCUGUCAUACAAACUCAGGACUACCCAAAAGAGAGAUUUAAAAAUUUCACAACAUAAACCUUGUUGUUGUCUUUGAGUUCAGGUACAGUAAAGGGUCCACUAGAGUUAUUCUGUAACUUUAAAAGUGAUAUUUUUUUAGAGAUUUGAACUCUAACUAACUUGAACUUUUUGAUUCUGUUUAUUUUUUGCUGUUUCUGUUAUGCAAUAGAUAGAAACCAAGGUAUUAAUGUACCUCCUUUUAUCAAUCGGUAGUAAAGAAAAUAUUCCUUUGUAAUAAGCCAAAGACUUUGUGGAUAGCAAUCAUUAAAUCCUUAGGAAUAGUGCCGUUGUUUUCAUGUUUGUUCUUAAAGGGAUGCACAGCUGUCCUGGCUGUCUGGAUUUCAUUUGAAAUUCUGUAUUUAUGGCAUCCUCUCACGUGUAUGUACUUAAGUGAGCUUUCAGUUCAGGUUGCCUGAUGUUUAGCUUACAGUGUAUUGAAUGUAAACUGCCAUAUGUCAGCAAAAUCUAUUCAAAGUGUUUUAUUCUAAGUAUUUGUCUUUACUAUAUAUAACACCACACCAUUUGCAAUCAGAUACAGAAGUACACAUUAAACGCAUUUAUCCCUCUAGCUUUGGAAGUCAUUAGAAAGAAUAGUCUUUUAUUUUCUAAGUAUUUUCAUAUAUAUUUUCAUUGAUACCUAAAGGAUAAUUUUUUAAGAAUUAUCCUUUAGGUAUCAAUGCGACAGCUAAUGUAUAACUGUGAAGGCUUUACAGAACUUGUUUAAUUGUGAUACAUACAGUACAACCGACAACCUAGCACAACAUUGUAAAAGGCGCAUUUUUCCUCAAGGUUUCUUUGUGUUUUAUGUCAAGGAUGUGUUUUCAGUGCUUUUUAAAAUUCAGCAUAAAUCUUUGAUACUUCAAGUCAAAUACUGAAAAAUACUAAAACAUUGCAUUACUAAACUAGUGGCUGUCAAGUUAAUUUGCCUUAGCUAUUUUCAGCCUUGCCAAACAGUUUCAUUGCAUUUCCUGAGCAGUGGCUUUUUCCAAGUUUUUUCUUCACUUUGCUGUUCGGUACCUUUUUAUCUGUGCUUAAUAGUAUUUUAGAUAAAGACUUUAAACAAAACAGACUGGACUCUAGCUUAAUAGACUUUCACUGCACCAGGUAAAGGACCAUGUGGAAUAAUUUAGAUUAGCCUUGGUAUAGACAUGUACAGUUCUAUUUUAAUUGGCUAGGAGAAGUAAUUAGUAAAAAGGUUUUGUUCCUGAGGUCAUGAAUGAGUUGACUCUGUAUUCAUACUUUAUGACUCUAGAGUAGCAUGAUAUCAAACUAUAAUUAUAGGGUAAUCUUACGUACAGAAGAAUAAUGGCACUUACUGUAACUAUUGAACUAGCACGUUUUGUUCUCUAUGAGACUUGCAAGUUCUUCAGUAGAAAAUUAGUGUUACCUUUGAAUUCACAAGUGCACCAAAUCCUCUUCUAAGAGAAAACAAUUAUGUCAUAUUUUGGUCUUAAUAGUACCCUCAAGUUUAGGCAAAGCUUUCCAAAAUCAGCUGUAACAAAUAACCCUAGAAUGCCAAGGGCUGGAAAUGGAUUAUUUUCCAAAUAAGCCCACACACUAUCUUUCCCUUACAUUUAAUUUCUAGUUUGUAAAGAAGAGAUUUGCUCACUGAGUCUUAAAAUGUUUAACUUAAUCUUUACAGCGCAUUUGUUUUGUCACAUAUUCCCUUUGUUGCUGUUUGCUUUCUGUAAUUAACUGAAAAACAAAACAGCAAUGUCAGGUCACAGAAAGUCUCCUUUGUACAAAGUUGAGAUUCAGUGCUGAAAGGUGCUUCCAUAUUUGUGAGAUGUGUCCACACAAACACAUGAUAUCCAAUACAUGUGCUAUGCACACAUGUACUGAGCAUCAAAAGACUUUUCUCACUACUGUAUGUGUCCAUGAAUGUCCUUAGAAUAAUAAAAAAUGUGAUUUUUUCUUUAUAAGAAUAUAAUGUUAUUGUGUUUAAUUUAACAUUCAUCGCCAACUAUGAUAAGUUGGAGUGAUUUUGACUGCUGCAUAGGUGAUAAAUCAGCUCAGUGAGACAAUUGCCUUGUAAAAGGAUAGGAGGUGUUUAAACCUGUUGACUGUGAAACCUAGGGGAAAUCAAGAAGGAAAAUCAUGUAAAGGAACCAACAUGCCAUCAAGAGGACACUGACACAUGAAAAGAGCAGCACCUAUAGGUGCACUUACCAGCAGUGGAGUCAAGUCCUCUUCAGUGAUGAGACAAGAUUUUGUGUAAACCACCACCACAAAUGCCAGUGAGUUUGUUGAAAACAUGCAGCAUGAUACACGGAUCAAUGGAAGGGGAGGUUCAAAUGUGAUGGUCUGUGCGGGAGUGUCUAGUCUCUACAGAACUCUGCUUAUAUGAAAUGGCGGUAACGUGACUGCAUGGCACUCGACCGACCAAAUCCUACUCAUUCCAGCAGCAUAAAGCAUGUCUUCAUGCUGCUUGUCUCACAAAAGCUUAAGAAUGUGAGCGUAGUGUGCCCUGGAUGCCUUACUUUCAAGACUUGAGCAUCUUUGAACAUUUAUGAGAUAAGUUUGGAAGAAGAGCGGUGUCUGUGGCUCAGUGUCCAGUAAACUGGUACAUGCUUGUCCAGAAUCUACAAGACAAAUGGCACAAAAUCCCACGAGACAACAAUAGCAACCUGACGCAAAGCAAGAAUAUCAGGUGUACAGCUUAUAUUACUUCCAAUGAUGGCCAAAUAUGCUGAGGUGUAUUUGUCUCCCCGCUAAUAAAAAAUUUACAUACAACAGCAUCAUGAAUUUACUUAUGUAAUGCACAUUAAAUAAAAUAUAAGAACACACAAAAACUACAGUAGUAAAACUACAGUACAGUACCAACUGGUGAAUGUGGUUUAGUUAUUUGUUUUUUAUUAGUGUUUUCUUUUUGAUGCUCAGUACAUAAAAUGCUUAAUACAAUUCUAUUUCUAAAGCCAGUCCUUCUGAUAUACUCAAUUUGUUAUCUUCAAGGUUGACCUUUUAAAUGCUCACAUGGAAAGCACAAAGCUUAUGUAACCUUAUGUCAUUUUCUAGCUCCACUUUGAAACAUUGCGCAGUUUGAUGGUUUAAUUAAGUAAUCAUGCACAAAGAAUGAUCUGUGUGGAUAUGUACAUGUUACAGUUAUACAGUAGGCUGGGAACUCACAAUCUCUUGUUCUACAAUGUAGAACUCCUUUUCUCAAAUUGUUCUAGUUCUGUACUACACUGGGUCAGAAAAUUAUGACCAGAUUUUUCUAUAGAAAAAUGGAUGCUAUAGUACAGAUUUUAUAAUUGUUCAAAAUGUAUUUGGUCACAAAUUGUAAGUUUAGGCAAAAGUGGUACAGUAUGCAGGCAGAAUUUAUGUUAAUACAGAGGAUUUGGUGUACUUAAAAUCCUGUCUUUAAUUAUAUCACACAAAUUAAAUGUUCCAUCAAGAUACAUUUCCUCUCUUUGUCCAGACUUCAUGAAGAUGAAGUGUAAACAUUAAUUUCUUACUUUAGAAUUUUAACACAAAAUAAUAAUUUCAGUUGGACUCAGGAAUAAUGCCUUUUAAUGAGCAUGUAGAGUACUUUUAGUAUGUAGAUGGUUAUAGUUUUUCAGAGAUGAAAUGCUGAAGCACUAUUUGUACAUAGUUUAUAAUGGUUUUUAAAACUGUUUAUAGAUCUUAUAUGAGAAUGUUUGUAUAUGGAGUCUGAAAUGAAAAGAGGAAACUAUAUAUUGCUGAUGUAAACACUGAUGUUUGAAAUUUUAUUGUUACCUGUCCCAUAUGUGAAGAUUAUAUGAAUGUCUAUGAGAAGAUUUUAAGAAAAUGUCACAAAAGAAACGGUACUGAUAUUGAAAGUUCCUGAGCCAUUCACAGCUGGCUCAGUACAGUUCAUGGUUUUAAAAUGUGUUUGUGAAAGUAAACCUGUAGCAAUAAGUCAGCACCUUUUCUCAACUUCCUUCUACCAGUGCAGUGUUUUUGUAUUGACAUACAAUAUGCUGCACUUAUUGUCAAUUGUGAUUUUUGUGAAUAAACACUAGUACCAUGCUUGAAAUGAAACAAGUUAUGUGUUUUUGCUACUUUGUUCAGGAAAUAUUGUAAUUCUGCAUGCUGUGUUAAAAUUAAAUAAAAUACUAUAAAAUGUU